AUGCGCCGUCACACCGUGCUACGCGGCCUGUCACGCCAUCUCCAACAAUCCCGGGGUCUCUUUAAGCGCCAACAAUCGGCUACCACGCUACAGCGUCACCAGAUGAGCGCAGCAACAAAUGGGAAGGGCACAUUGCCCCAUCAAAUGCGCACUGCCGCCGAGCCCCGCCAAAACCGACUAUACAACGUCCGCCUGGCGCAUAUCGAGCAGGUCAACCCAUGUGUGCGACUGCUGCAACUAACCAUUCCUCGAGAGGUGCAGAGUCCGGAGGAUAACGCGCAGGAAAGUGAUCAAGAAUCCCACCCACAACCAUUGACCUUCCUCCCAGGCCAGUGGCUCGACGUUCACAUCCCCUCCAUCUCCAACGCAGGAGGCUUCAGUAUCACCUCCACCCCCGCGGACGCACAAGUCCUUCCCUCGCUGGCCGAAGCAGCUUCCGUGGAAGCCAUCGCCAACGAUGAAGCGGGCCUGGCCCCGCUCAACCCUGAGGGUCGAUCGCCGUACGUAGAGCUCGCCGUGCGCCACGCGCCCUCGAAUCCGGCCAGCGCGUGGCUCUGGAAGCCCACAGAGGAGAUCCUGGGUUCCGAGCUCAGCAUCCGUGUGGGAGGGAGCUUUGUUUGGCCGCCGUCCGGGGUGCGGUUGACUGAUAUCCGGAAUGUGGUUUUCAUUGCGGGCGGAGUGGGAAUUAAUCCCCUCAUUUCCAUGCUCUCCCACCUAAACAACGACGACGAGGCAACCACCACUCUCCGCCAUCCAUCCUUCAACAUUCACUUCCUGUAUUCCACCAAACUCCCCCAACCAGAGACGACGACGACAGCAGCAACAGCAACAGCAACCACUAUCCAAUCCCCCGAAAGCCUACUGGACCAGAUCCUCUUCCUCUCUCGCCUACGACAUAUCGUAAACAUUCAGUCGCAGCUCCGUCGUCUCCGGAUCACGCUGCACCUGUUCAUCACGAACCUAGACGAAGAGAAGAAGAAAGAUUCCUCUCCGCUCUUCGGACACUCAUUCGACGAUGAUAAUGACCUGCGGAUACAUGGUCGCCGGAUCAACGCCGACGAUCUGCGGGCCGCCGCGGCAAGCGGGGACGAUGGGACGAUCGAGCCAGGGAAGACGGUAGCCUACGUGUGCGGACCGCCGGGCAUGACAGACGAUAUCGUUGGGAGAUUGGAGGGGUUACUUGGUGGUCGAGAAAGGGUAUUCUAUGAAAAAUGGUGGUAA